GCUGUAACGUCUGUUUUGUUUAUAGCCGGUACCAGAUGUGUGAGAACAUUUAAUGACGGCGAGGCUGUGGAUCACUGGAUUACUGGCUCAUGCACCGGCGUUGUUUCGUCAGUGUUGUGUUCUUACAUUCUGUAUGUGGAAGCAGUAAAUUUCCUUGAGGCUUUGGAACUACCCUCCUAUUGCUUUCAAAGCAAUUUUGGAGGUAAAUUUGCUGACGUUAAGGAAGACUGAGGUGAGAAUGCUUGCAAUCACCAGCUGACUCCUGAGAGACAAAACAGGCACCAUACAGCCACUAUGGGGAUUGUGCUGGGUCGUUUCCGCAAGAAGCGGACAACGAUUGAAGUUUUGGAGGAUCUGGACAGGCGUAUCAAGGAAAUGGAAAAGCGACGUGCCAGUACAGAGCAGACACAUCGCGUCGUUAUCGGUCGUCUCGUGCUGUAUUCAGUUGGCACCUAUAUUAUUGCAGCAUUAGUGUUCUAUUUCUUUUUCUUCCCAGCUUCUCUCAGUGAACAAAUCUUCUAUAUAACACCAUUGCUUGUCUUCCCAUUGAUUGUGAUACUUCUGAGACGUGGAAUCGUGUGGUAUUUCAAGCGACAAAUAACGAACAGUGAGACAAAGUUGGCACAAAUGGAAAAACAGAAGCAAGAUAUCCUUGAAGAAGUGAUGGACAAAGAAACUUAUAAGACUGCCAAACAGAUCUUAGAGAGAUUUGCACCAAAAAAGGAACUGGCUGUGGUGUCACCACUGCCUGCAAAGACAUCAGCCUCCAACCAGAAGGUUGAUAAUAUCUCCCCAUCUUCAUCAGCGCCAGAUCUCAGACGCCGUCCUCUGGGGCAGCAGCAGCAACAACAACAACAACAACAACAACAGCAGCAGCAGUCACGAGAACUUUUCCAGCCACCAAAGACAUCUCUUGUUCCUAGGGGUCGCUCUCCCACUCUUCUGCAGUCAGCACCUAUAUUCCCUGCACCAAUGGGUGGUCGCUAUCCCGGUGGCUAUACUGGCCAGAGUAGGCUUGCCCCUGGCCCGCCAUUGCCCCGGCCAAUAGCACCUCGUGAGCGAUCGGUUGUUGACCGUCUAGUUGAUUUUCUUAUAGCUGAUGGCCCAAGCAACCGAUAUGCACUCAUAUGUCAACAGUGCCAGUCGCACAAUGGCUUGGCUCUCAAAGAGGAGUUCGAGUUUGUUGCAUUCCGCUGCUGUUACUGUUAUGCAAUGAAUCCAGCGCGCAAAGUGCGCCUGUCACCGCCUCGUAUUGAUGGUAUCGACCGUCCACCCGCUGCCCCUGGAACUCUCCCCUCACUUCCUCCACCUCAUACCGCCGAUUCGUCUGAGGGUCCCACAGACAGUGAGUCUGAGCGUUUAUCUAGGUCAGACUCCUCCUCUGAAGAUGAAGAUAAAAAGCAGCUAUCACCAUCAUCUUCUUCUACACUACCAGUAGAAGAGAGUGUGGUACAUGGUGAUCAGCAUGACAGUGGAGACAAGGAGAAUGUGAAGAGUAAGCUGCAAGAGUCUGAUUCUGCCCCUCAGCUUCCUGCAGAGGACGGUGAGAAGCAGCCUCCCUCAGAAGAAGCACAUAAAAUUGAGGAGCUGUCAGCUGCAGAGUAAUCCUUGUAGCUGGUGCUGGCACAGUUAGCUUUGCAGUUUGUAACAAGCUUUUCAUGUUGCCACAUUCUACUUCACUUUGGGAACCAAUUGUAAUAAAUUAAGUGCUUCCAGAUAAAAGUACAGAAGUUGGUGUAAUCAUCCAACAUCAGAAGUCUUUGUACACAAAUGCAUGUUUCUGUUUCUUGUGUGGAUGUUAUUUGUUCUACACUAUUCUUGUUACCCUCAUUUCUUUGCAUUCUGUUAUUGCAUUUAAUUUUACAGCAGCCGUGGUUGGCAAAAAUCUCAUAUGAAUUGAUGCUUCAUUUAAGACUGCUUUGAGGACUUAAAAAUUCUAAUAACAGAAUAGAUUUUUAAAUUAUAAUGUUAAUUCUGUUUACACAUUGAGGAAUUAUUUUUAUUUUUUUUGUGUAGCUUUUAAUUUAUUUUCGUAGUUGAGUAUAUGUAAAUGCACAGUCAAUUGAAUAUUUAAAUUUAUUUAUUUGUACCUAAUAUGUUUCUACUACUGACAGAAAGUAUGAAUAACAUACUUUGUUGUAAGUUCUUACUUUUCCAUCUUUUGCCCAAAAUUGGGCAGUUGUGUCAUACAACUUCAAUAAUUCUGUAAUGGUUGAGAUGUGUACAGCAGUCAAUUGAAAUUAUAAAAGUGUCUUAAAUAAUUGUUAUAGCAUUGCAGCAUGCUGCUAUAUAGAUUGUAUUUUUAUAUUUUGAAGUAAUUAAAGCAAUAAAUAUUUUGUUUGUAAGCUGCUCAUGAAA